GAACCCGAGGCGGUGACGGCGUGUUGCCAGCCGGAGCCGAAAGGAGCGCACUAGUCCGUGACCGGAAGUCGUUCCAGGCGGCGGAAAGGAGCGUUGCGCAGGGUGACGCGCAGGCGGCGAAGAUGGGCCGGAGCCGCUCGCGGUCCCCUCCCCGCAGGGAACGCAGACGUUCCAGGUCAGCCUCACGUGAAAGGGAGAGGAGGCGGCGGGAGCGGUCGAGGUCCCGGGAGAGAGACAGAAGGAGAAGCCGUUCACGCUCCCCACAUAGGCGGCGAUCCAGGUCUCCAAGGCGGCAUAGAUCAAGCUCCUCUUCUCCUCUUCGACAGAAAGAACGGAGAGAUGAUGAGAAGAAAGAGGGCAAAGAUACCAAAGGCAAAGAGCGCCAGAUCACAGAAGAAGACAUGGAGGGCAAAACAGAAGAAGAAAUUGAAAUGAUGAAAAUGAUGGGAUUUGCGACCUUUGACACGACUAAAGGCAAGAAAGUGGACGGCUCUGUCAAUGCCUAUGCUAUCAAUGUGUCGCAGAAGAGGAAGUACAGGCAGUACAUGAACAGGAAAGGUGGGUUCAACAGGCCUCUGGAUUUUAUCGCCUGAUGCCUACACUUGUGACACUUGAAGGGCGACUUUAGUCAUUUAAUUGCCUUAACGGCAACCCCUGUGGCUAAGAGGAUCCCGGCAGCUUCCCACUCAUACUGGGGAUCUUGUUUGUGAAAGUGGCAUUGUCCUAUGGGGUGAGAUGGUCAUACAUCUUCCUCUAACAAUGUGUUCGGGAUUUGCAUGAAACAACUUCCUUUUGCAUUGUUGUAUUUACUGUUUUGUAGGUUUGGGUUUUUAAAUACUGUCAGUUAAAUUAAAAAGAGAAACCUGAA